UAAAAACCUUAUUAUUUUCUCGUGCGCUCCUCCGUCUCUCUCUUCUCUCUCUCUUUCUCUUGUGCGUGCGUGCGUGCUUUGGCGAUGGCGGACGAUAGCGACGAUUCGAGCAGCGAUGCGGCGCUGGGAGCUCACUAACGCCGGUAUGCUCGCAUUUCACGAAUUCCUGGUAGAAAAAUCCGGCCGGCUGGAGCUCCGGCUGGAAAUUUCGCUGUGGCGCGCCUAGGGUUGUCUAGAUCGUCGAGAGCUCGCACGAUUGAGCUCCGAGGCAGGCGCUGGAUGGAAUCCCAGCGAUUCUACAGGCGCUGGGGUGGAAUCGGUGGAAUGUAGCUAGCGGACAGGGCAUAGAGCAGGGAAAUUCUUGGCGGACGAGAUGGUUUUCCCGGUGGGGGACGUGGCGACCGUUGCCCAGAUUGCUGGCCUUGAUUCUCUCAAGCUCAUAGCGGCUGUUGCGGCCGCGGCCAAGAACGCGCGCAUGCACAAGAAGAACUGCCGGAAUUUCGCGCAGCACUUGAAGCUCAUUGGGAAUUUGCUGGAGAAGCUGAGGCUAUCGGAGCUCAAGGAGCAUCCAGAGACUAGCGAGCCUCUCGAGCGUCUAGAGGAGGCUCUCAGGAAGGCUUACAUCCUCGUCAACAGCUGCAAGAACAAGAGCUACCUCUACCUUUUGGCGAUGGGAUGGAACAUCGUUAACCAGUUCAAGCUCCGGCAGGCCGAGAUCGACCGACUUCUCCAAAUUAUUCCUCUCAUCAGUCUCGUAGAUAACAAUCGGGCCAAGCGAGAGCUCCGUGAGAUACAACGAGACCAGAAAGAGUACACUCUGGACGAAGACGAGCUCCGGCUCCAGGAAACAGUUCUAAAACCUGACUUAAGCGUCAACGAGUCGAGGGAGCUGCGGAGGAACCUCUCUCGGAACUACCCGGGGCUUGCUCUCGAGGAAGCUCUCCGGAAAGAAAACAAAAAGCUCAAGAAAGAGCUCCAGAAGAUGCAGUCCCUCAUGGAGGAAGACCAGUGCGACGUGAUCCGCCGUCUUAUUGACAUCACCGAGACUGACGUGAAGGGUACCUACGAGAAGGAUCCCGAUUAUAUGAAAGAAGCCAAGAAGUACGAGCAAUCCAAUUACGAGCAGUCCAACUCCGACGCAUACACCUAUCAGGAGAGCCACAAAUCCAAUGAAACGGCUUCUAAAUCCUGGCAACUACAAGAUUGGCAUCAUGAUCUUUAUGGAUGCUGUGGGAGCCCCCUGCUGUGCGUGGGGACAUUCUUGUGCCCUUGCUGCACAUUUGCUACAGUCGCGGCGACUGCCACUAAUGGAAUAAUGCCCAAGCAUGCUGCUUGCACAAACUGUUUGAUUUACACGAUGGUGCUUAGCUGCUGCUUCUACACCUGUUGCUUCCGGCGUAAACUACGCAAGCUCUACAACAUCGAGGGCGGGUCCUGUGACGAUUGUUGGGCGCAUUUCUUGUGCUUCUGCUGCGCGCUCGUUCAAGAGGCACGGGAAAUCAAAGCUCGUGAACGGGAUGGAGAGGGCAGUAGCAGCCAGAAGAGGAUGAUGCCGCCAUCGGAGCAAUGCAUGGAGCGCGAUCAUUGACCCCCCUUGUGCAAUACCACCAACACUUAAACAAGGAGGUACUUUUGGAUAGUGAAAUGCUGGCUGGCUUUCGUGAGAGUGAGUGACAGAAGUAUGUUUUGGGACUGAUUUCUCGAGUAUGUUUCGUUUUCCCUACUUAUACUUCCACGGCAGGGACAAGCCGAGAGAAAGUUUUUGUUUGUCGGAGAAGUUUGGAGGGAGGGAGAAAAAGAGAGGGGGAGAGAGAUUUGGUGUUUGGUUGGGUUUGGUUUGUGACAGGUCAGGAUUGUAAGAACAAGGCGUCAAAGCGAAGAUAAAGAUGGAUCGUCCAUCCAUCAAAAGAUAUAACUUGCAACACUCGGUACCCAUGGAUGGAGCCAGCAAGCAAGCACACACAGAGCCAAGCAAGCAGCAGUGCCGCCUUGAUUGGUGCACACGACGUUUGCAUCCCUUUGUCAUCCACGUUUUUAUUUAUAUGCGGCUUUGAAAA